GGUGACACUAGCACUUGUGUUGAUGGUGAUAGCAGGUGUGGCGGCUGACAGCUUCCAGGUACCUGGUCAAGCACGGCGACUAGUUACUGAGGAAUGUGGUGAAAUCAAUAUGGUGCCAGGAGAGACAAAAGUCAUCCAGGACGACAGCAACCCAAGUGGAAACUAUAGUCCAAAUCAAAGAUGUCAGUGGAAGUUCAACUGUGGACCAGAGAAGUCUACCUAUCUCGAAUUUAGAUGUCCAUACUUUUGCUUAGAGGACAGUAACGACUGUGUGAAGGACCGCCUAAUAAUAACGUCCAGGGGCGCUACUGAGAGACAUUGUGGCACAAACUCACCUGACGGCACCAUUACACGCACCGGCUUCGCUCGUGUCACCUUCAGGGCGAACAGGGCGAUCGAAGACACGGGCUUCAGAUGUUAUGUUUGUUGCUUCGAUAAACCCACUAGUGUUACCCAAGGCCCUAUUAUUGCGUUAGGUUAAUCUGCCUGGUGGACUUUUGCGUAAACAAGUGCUUCCAACAUUGACCGUGACUGAUACUGACCGUGACUGAUGUUGACUGUGACUGAUAUUGACUGUGACUGAUGUUGACCGUUACUGAUAUUGACCGCGACUCAUGUUGACCGUGACUCAUGUUGACCGUUACUGAUGUUGAUCGCGACUCAUGUUGACCGUGACUGAUAUUGACCGUAACUGAUGUUGACCGUGACUGAUGUUAACCGUGACUGAUGUUGACCGUUACUGAUGUUGACUGCGACUCAUGUUGACCGUGAUUGAUGUUGACCGUUACUGAUGUUGGCCGUUUCUGAUGUUGACCGAAACUGAUGUUGACUGUGACUGAUGUUGACCGUGACUGAUGUUGACCGUUACAGAUGUUGACCGUUUCUGAUGUUGACCGUUACUGAUGUUGAUUGUGACUUAUGUUGACCGUGACUGAUGUUGACCGUUACAGAUGUUGAUCGCGACUCAUGUUGACCAGACUGAUAUUGACCGUAACUGAUGUUGACCGCGACUCAUGUUGACCGUGACUCAUGUUGACCGUUACUGAUGUUGAUCGCGACUCAUGUUGACCGUGACUGAUAUUGACCGUAACUGAUGUUGACCGUGACUGAUGUUAACCGUGACUGAUGUUGACCGUUACUGAUGUUGACCGCGACUCAUGUUGACCGUGACUGAUGUUGACCGUUACUGAUGUUGACCGUUUCUGAUGUUGACCGAAACUGAUGUUGACUGUGACUGAUGUUGACCGUGACUGAUGUUGACCGUUACAGAUGUUGACCGUUUCUGAUGUUGACCGUUACUGAUGUUGACCGUAACUGAUGUCG